CCGCACCUGUAUAUUAGCUAAAUAUCAAAAAUACAUAUCCAGAUAAGCGUAAAUGUAAUAGUGUAUAUAUAUACAAAGCAAAUCUCAUUUGUUCACACUGAAACUACAAGACUCCCUCUACCUCUCUCUCCUCCCAUCAAUUUCUUCAUGACAUUUCUUCUGUAGAAGGGAAGAGUUUUCGUUAGUCAUCACAAAAACCCUAAAACCUAUAAAUCCAGUUACCUGCUAAAUGGGUCAUGAUAAUAUCACGAGGCUCGCGAGUCUACUCGUAAAGCUACCUAGAGUUCCAUCUGGUUGGCUCUGUCUCCAUCCCCGACCGGACAGCGAUGUCGGAGGAGGACACAAACGACGGAUCAAGCUCGUAAGAUCCGACGGUUCCUCCGAGCUCUACGAUCGUCCCGUAGUGGUCUCAGAGCUCACAAGAGACUUCCCAAAGCACAAAAUCUGCAGAUCAGACUCACUCUACAUCGGACAGAAAACACCUGUUCUGUCGGAAACAGACACGCUUAAGCUCGGACUCAACUACUUUCUCCUCCCGUCUGAUUUCUUCACCAACGAUCUCUCUUUCCUCACCAUCGCCGCCUUGAAACCUCCUCAAAGCGGAGGCGUUUUGGUCAGAUCAAAAUCCGCCGGGACUCAGCAGCAGCAGCCGUUUCUUAUACAGAAGGAAGGAACAGGAGAGAAGCUAAAGAUUCGUGUGUCAGAAGAGUUCAUGUCGGAGUUAAUGAUGGAAGGAAGAAAAAACAAAGAAGAGGAAGAAGAAAGAGAGAACGAAGAGAGAGUUUGCACGACGGUGAAACUGAAGAAAGACUAUGUUCAGUUAGUUGGUCUACGGACAUGGAAGCCAAAGCUAGAGACGAUAAGAGAGACGAAAGCGACGGUGGAGAAGAAGAGGAAGAGAAAGAAGUUUCUUAUGAUGAAGAAGAGAUCAUCAUCAUGCAAAGAUUCUUCUCAAACUGAUUCAUAUUCGAAGCGUAAGCUUCAAUCAAAACUCAAGUCCAAAGCUAAGAACGCAAUUCUGAAAAAAUAGCUUAGUUUUCGUAUUAAAGAAAUUAGCAUAUUGUGUGUUGAUACGUAGAAGAAAUUGUUCGACAAUAUGUAAAUAAUAUGAGAAAAAAUUUAACCAAAGUAUACAUAUUGUUUCCAAAACUCUU